AUGGCUACCACCCUAGAGCCGCCCUCGAUCUCCCUCCUCCGCUCCAAGUCUAGCUUCAGCUCUCUCUCAGACUCUGCUUCUCUCCAUAAUGAAGCCGACCACUCCGCCCCUCCACGCUUCCCCCACACCCGUGCUCAGCUCGCCGCCAUCGCCCGUCUCUACAAGCCAGACGCAUUCAUCGGAGAUACCGACGGCGACCAGAGCAUCAGCUCCUCCCUCAUCGCCCGCGUCGUGAGCCUUCUUGACGCCGAGCGCGAGGAGGAGCUCAAGAGCCUUCUCAAGGACAUGUUUGGCCCCAUCAGCGAUGAAGAGGUGCGUCCUACAUCGUUCUGGCCCUUCGCUGCCACACCGCGCUCACCCCCGGCGUUCGACGUUCUCCAGCUCGAGCAACAUGUCCUCGACCUCAUGCACAAGCAUAGAGACGACAUAGACAACGUCCCCUUCCUCUUCUUGACUCCUACUCGUCGACCAAUCUCUCGGCCUUCUUCCCGUGCUUCCACCCACUCCGCUCGUCUCAUCCCAAACCGUCCUGAUACGCCCAACUCCGCUCCUAGUUCCCCUCUGGCUAUGAUUUUCCGCAGGCCUCAUACCCCCCUCUCUUCUCCCCUUGGUCCCAUAGGCCCACAGCCGUCUUCUUAUAUCUCUGGUCGCAGCGAGUCUCCGGGCGCGUCUCCCAUCAUCACUCAUGCUCAGUUCGCCGUCAGCCUCCCGUCUUCUCCCAUGCUGUCCCCCCGCCUGCUCAACGCCAAGGCUUCAGAGUUCAAACCGAUCCCUCGUCCUCUUUCUGCAGCCUCCUCCAACCCAGGCUCGCUAGCCGCCCUCCGCGGUGAAACUCCUUCCCCGGACUUGUGGGCUCCGCCCUCCCGGCCGACCUCCAAGCUCGCUAUUGCUGCUCCGUUGACUCCUGACAGCACUCUUCUUCACAGGGCCGGUACUCCCAACUCGUCUUUGCGCUCUUCUAUGCGUCCUGAUGAAGAAGAUGACGAUCCCUUCGACCCCUUCGCUGCUCGAUCUAUCCCCCGGUCGUUCCACCCAGGCGCCCCCGACGACUUGCUAUGGGGUCAUUCUCCCAUGUCUAGUCCGUCCAUAUCUGCGGACGAUUCGCCAUUUCCUCAGAUCUUUGGGAGCAAUCUGGACCACAACGGAUCAUCCCAUGAACCAUCCUCGCGGCAGAGCCAGGACGAUGACAUGGACCCUGAGAUGGCUGCCAUGCUCACCGAUGGUAUGACACCGUUCGAUGUCCUGAGCUCAGUCUUCGGUGCUACCCUCGCACCGUCCGAGCUUGAAGAAGCUCUGGCCACAAAUGGCUAUGACUUCGAGCGUGCUAUGUCCUGGCUGAUUGACCGUUCGGCCACGAGCCAUCCUGGUCCAGCUCAGCCCAGGAUACAGUCGGUCGGCAACCGAGUCAUGCUUGUCCAGCGCGACGGUCACGGCGUGCGGGGAGGCAGGGCAGCAUUCCACGGUCCUCAAGGCCGCAAUGGAGGUCGAUUUGUGAACGGUCGGCCUGUCCAGGGUGGGAACCGUGUAUGCAGAUACUUCCUUGCGGGAGAGUGUUUGCGGGCGGAUUGUCGGUUCAGUCAUGACUUGGAGCGAGCGCUCUGUCGAUUCUGGCUCCGGGGUACAUGCGCCAAGGGAGAAAAUUGCGAGUUUUUGCAUCACCUUCCGCAAGACAUAGACCUCCAGGGCUUGGGCCAUGCUAUGUCACGCGUGGACAUUCAUGGCGGACAGUCUGAGCAAAAACAAAGUGCCUCCCUCGACGACUUUCCGAGUCUCAGUCACGCGGCUUCCUCCGGCAGAGACAAUGGAACUAGGCGUGGCGCGUACGGCUUCGGUCGCGGAGAAGGUGGUUAUGACCCGGGCCGCACCCGGUUCGCUGCGGCGGUCAAGAAGCCAGCUGCGAACGUCCAGACGCAGAUUCCCAAGGACCCUGCCACCUUGGCAGCACGCAGAGAGGCCAUGGGCAGCUCUGCAGAGCCAUUGCACCCCAACACUGCUAUCGUGGCGCCCAAACCAUCGCCCAGAAUCAAGCUCAGACCGCCGACCCUACUGCCUACAUUGCCCACGGGAGAGUCGGUGAACAAGCUGUACAUGGCGUACCGCUCAAGGGCUCUUCGUCUUGGGGCUGCACGCAACGCCUGUCUCUCGCGCGCCGCUGACGCUUGGAGGCGUGGGGACGGGGCGGCUGCGAAGCGUUUCAGUCGUGAGGGGCACGACCUGAAUGCUAAAAUGGCGGCUGAGAUGGUUGAGGCCGCAGGCAAGCUGGUUAGGGAGCGUGCAAGAGUGGUCGAACAAGCUGUUCGUAGCCGUGACGCGGGCUGGUCGGACGAUCCGGGUGACAGGACGGCUCGUGGCCGCAUCUGCGGCGCCGGACUAGGUGUUUGUCUCGGUAUCGCCAGCCAGUCGGUUGGCGGAGACACCAAGAUGACGCCGGAGGAACGCACGGAGUCCAUGCUCGAUCUGCAUGGCCUGCAUUCCGCAGAAGCCACGGAAGUAUUGGAAGAAUUCCUGCUCGCGCUUGAGAGAGAGCACUUCUAUGGUCUGGCAUAUCUUGUCGUCGGAGAAGAAAAGCACACGGGCACUCAAGAUCCUGCUCGUGGCGCCUCCAGGGCGCGGCUUGCCACUGGCGUUCGCGAGUGGUUGCACAUGUGGGGUUACCCCUGGAGCGAAAGGGACGGUGUCAUCUGUGUAGAUCCUCUCACGCAUCAGUGA